AUGGAUGACCAGGAAGAGGUAUUUAAUUUUGCAAAAGAUGAGUAUGAGAGGAAUGAGUCACAUGACAAGGUUAUUGGACCGAUGGUUUGUUGUUACAGUUUGUCCUUUGAUUCCAAUAUAUCAGAAGAAUCGUAUAAGGGGUUUUUAUAUUUUAAACGUAACGGGAAACCGAUACCUGUGACAUUUGUAAAAGUUGACGGAGUUGAUGGGAAAGAUGCUGCUAGUAGGGCGGAAUUAAUUUUUCAUACGACUUAUGGAGUAAGUGAUGAUGUGGUUUUAAGGCCUCGGAGGCAUUUGUUCAUUAAGCAGAAGCAUUUUGCCAAAAUUCCUGAUGACAUAGAGAUGAGGAAGGGUGUAUGGUGUGUUUGUUAUGAUCGUUUUGAACCUCUCGAUAAGGUUAAAUUACCUAUCCGGACUCCUGAUGACCGUCCUGAAGACUUUUGGCGUAUAUCCAUUAGGAAUUUGAUUCAUGGUGUGCGUAACAUUCAUGCUGAGGGCCUAUACCAUGGUGGUUUGAAUGAGUUGUCUAAUUUUGUGUUUGUUGAUGAAAUGCUGAAAAUAAUCAACAUUGAGAGAUCUUUGGCUGACUUGAGUACUACUCGUGAACAAAACGAACGAAAGAAAAAAGAUAUCAUAGACCUUAGGACGAUGUUAGAUUCUUGGUUCAAGAAAAUUUUGGGGUCCAACUAUUUAUGGGAGGAAUGUAAUAGCUUCUUGAAAUUCUUCGACCAUGCUGAGCAUUUAAACUAUCAUAAUUUUGUCGAGAAAUUGGCAUCUCAUCCGUUCUUGUUAAGCUCUGAAGAAAGGAUGGGUAUGUUUGCAAGUUAUUAUCGUAAGUGUUACCAGGUUAAUACACGUCAAGAUGUGGAAGAUGCUUUCGAAUCAUCUGAUUUUGAUAAGUUCAAAUCUUGGAACCGUAUUGAAGUCCUUGGUUCCAUGGAUAAAUUUAUGAAAGAAGUUUAUGACAAUCAUUAUGGAACCUACUCUGGUAAUGUGGUGGACCUUCUUAGUUAUUUGAGGAAUUUGUAUUCUCAUUAUCAUCAAUCAAAUGCUUUGGCUGUUAAUAUCGUGGAUGUGGACCGUGGUGUUCAGAAGCUGUUUGCUGGAUUUUUGGAGCUCCUGCACCAACAUUUGUGUAUAGAUCCGUAG